AUUAUCGAAGCUUGGUGAUCGAAGAUACGGAUAUGGAGUUGAAGAAAUCAAUCAACCUUUUUUGUUCUUUCUUCUUCCUUGUUUCUUUCAGCAUUCAUGUUUCCUUUGUCAUUGGACAGAAGACGCAGAAUAGAACAAUCCCAGUGAAUGUUGGUGUAAUUCUUGAUGACCCUGAUUCGGUGAGGGGAAAGGUUCGGUUGAGCUGCAUUGAAAUGGCCCUCUCGGAUUUUUAUUCCUCUCACAGUUCCUCUAGAACUAGACUGGUCUUGAGCAUUAGGGACUCUAGAAAAGACGUUGUCGAUGCAGCUGCUGCAGCUUUGGACCUGAUAAAGAAUCUUCAAGUGCAAGCAAUCAUUGGUCCUACAUCAUCAAUGCAAGCAGACUUUGCAAUUGAUCUCGGAGACAAAGCCAAAGUUCCCAUAAUCUCAUUUUUGGCAACAAAUCCUUCCCUCACUUCCAUUCAGGGUUCAUACUUUUUCCGAGCAGCGCAAAAUGAUGCCUCUCAAGUGAAAGCCAUAACUGCUAUCAUCCAAGCCUUUGGAUGGAGAGAAGUGGUGCCCAUCUACGUAGACAAUGAGUUUGGUGAGGGAAUAUUACCGUCCUUGGUUGAUGCCUUAGAUGAAGUUCAAGCUCGUGUGCCCUACCGGAGUGCCAUACCUCCAAUGGCCACUGAUGACCAACUUGCCGCAGAGCUUUACAAGUUAAUGACAAAGCAAACCAGGGUCUUCAUCGUGCACAUGUCGCCCUCUCUUGGUUCUCUUCUUUUCACCAAGGCACAAGAGAUCGGUAUGAUGAAUGAAAGCUAUGUUUGGAUCAUGACCAAUGGCCUAACAAAUCAUGUAAGUUCACUAAAUUCUUCAAUCAUCAAGUCAAUGCAAGGUGUGUUGGGUGUGAGAACUUAUGUACCGAAAACAGAAGAGCUUAUCCAUUUUAGAGUUCGAUGGAAGAGGCAAUUCCAACAGAAAAAUCCAUCCGUGGUUGAUGUCGAAUUGGAUGUUUUUUCAAUUUGGGCAUAUGAUGCUGCUGUUGCAUUAGCCAUGGCAGUUGAAAGUGUUGGGACUAGAAACUUUGGCUUUGUAAAGACGAAUGCUUCCAUCAACUCAUCCUCAACAGAUCUUAUAACUUUCGGGGUCUCUCGAAAUGGUCCAAAACUUUUUGAAUCCUUAUCAAGUACUCACUUUAAAGGCCUUGCAGGAGAUUUCAGUUUUGUCAAUGGGGAAUUACAGUCUUCAGUGUUUGAAAUAGUCAAUGUGAAUGGUGAUGGAGCAAGAGAAAUUGGUUUUUGGACACCAGAAAGUGGACUCAUGAAAAAAUUCAUAAACCCCACAAACACAAAGAGUGUUGCAAAUUCAACUUCUAGAUCCAACAUGGGAUCCAUCAUAUGGCCUGGAGAUUCUACCUCUGUUCCAAAAGGAUGGGAGAUCCCCACGAACGACAGAAAAUUGAGAGUGGGAGUUCCGGUGAAGAUUGGUUCUCCGGAGUUUGUUAAGGUGGUACGUGAUCCUAGUACUAACACAACAGAUGUUUCUGGUUACUGCAUUGACGUCUUUAAUGCUGUCAUGGAAAAAUUACCAUAUGCUGUUAUUUAUGACUUCAUUCCCUUUGCAAAACCCGAUGGUACAACCGCUGGCACUUACAAUGAUUUAGUCGACCAAGUUUAUCUCGGGAACUAUGAAGCUUUGGCUGCAGCCACGACAAUUAGAGCAAAUAGGUCUUUGUAUGUAGAUUUCACAUUGCCAUAUACCGAAUCAGGUGUAGUAAUGGUGGUGCGAACGAAAGAUUACAAAAGCCAAAAUGAAUGGCUUUUCUUGAAGCCUUUGACAUGGGAUCUCUGGCUUACAAGUUCUUGCUUUUUUGUUUUCAUUGGUUCGGUGAUAUGGGUUCUCGAACACCGCAUUAACGAAGAUUUUCGUGGCCCUCCCUCACAUCAAGUCGGCACAAGCUUGUGGUUCUCCUUCUCAACCAUGGUUUUUGCACAUCGGGAGAUAGUGGUUAGUAACUUGGCUAGGUUUGUGGUGAUAGUAUGGCUAUUUGUAGUGCUAAUCCUUACUCAAAGUUACACGGCUAGCCUGACUUCAAUGUUAACCAUCCAACAACUCCAGCCAACCUUUUCUGAUCUAAACGAGCUUAUAAACAAGAAGGAGAGUGUGGGAUAUCCGAAGGGCUCAUUUGUCUGCGAACUUUUGCUAGAUAGAGGUUUUGAUAAACAGAAGAUUAAAGCCUAUACAUCUCCAGAAGAAUGUGACGAACUUUUGACGAAAGGGACUGCAAAAGGUGGCAUCGCUGCCGCUAUUGAUGAAACCCCAAACUUGAGGCUUUUUCUUGCAAAAUAUUGCUCCAAAUACACCAUCGUUGGGCCAAUAUUUAAGACAUCAGGCUUUGCCUUUGUUUUCCCCAAAGGUUCGAAUCUUGUACCUGAUGUUUCAAAGGCGAUUCUGAACCUGACAGAGGGAGACGAGAUGAAAGAAAUAGAGAUCAAAUGGUUCGGGAAACAAGCCACUUGUAUAGACUCUCAGUUCUCCAAUAAAUCCAACAGGCUUGGCCUUAAUAGCUUUUGGGGCCUCUUACUCAUCGCUGGGCUGGCGUCAUCCUUAGCUCUUGUCGUAUCUGCAGUCUCCUUCCUGUAUGUGCACAGGCAAACCCUAAUGACAAGAGAUACCUCUGCAUGGGAAAGAAUUCGGGUCAUAUUUAGAAGCUUUGUCCAAAAAGAUCUCACUUCCCAUACUUUUCGAAACCAGAAUGUGGGGAAUGCGGAGUCCUCAGCAGCCUUCAGCACCGGCCAGCCGAGCCCGUUUAGCCUCUCAAAUCACACGGGUCCAGUCUCACCUUCCUUCAGUGAAUUAGGUACUCCUGUUGCUGUUGGUCAAGAAUCUCCAGCAUGUUUAAUGCCACCAGCAUGUUGAUGAGCUUGAUCUUCGUAACCCACAUAUAUUACUAUUCAAACAUCUGUUUGACAUUCAGUAGUUUUGGUGUCAUUUGAAUCUCUAGUUUCUAAUGCAAGCUUUCUUAAAUUAUACAUCACAAGAGGACGACAAUCCAAAAAAAUCAACAUAGCACACUGACUCAUUACGAGCUUCAAGAUUUUGACUUAAUACAGGUUUUUACAUGCCCUUUCUCAUAGACUGAAUUAUAUGUUUCUAAAUAAGAGUAUACAGAAGGAGAAAAAAUGUCGUGCCAAAAUUACCUUUUUAGA